AAGUAUCUGUUCUCCGCCACACAACAAAGAUCAACUGGAGACAUACUUUGACGUGUUGCCUCGAGCGACAACCUUGUGACCGCCGUCUCGACUUCGUGGUGCAUGAGAACGUGAAUUUCCGUUCCGUUCAGGAUGGAUAUUCAACAAACCAUUCUCUCCGGCGUCAACCGGAUCACCCAGUCCAUGCAGAGCCCCAUGCGACUUCGAGAUCUCAUCCGACAAAUCCGUGCAGCGAGAACGGCGGCUGAUGAGAGAGCCGUGGUUCAGAAAGAAUGUGCCUACAUUCGGAGUACCUUCCGCGAAGAUGACAGUUUAUGGAGAUGCCGGAACGUCGCAAAGCUUCUGUACAUUCACAUGCUCGGAUAUCCUGCUCAUUUCGGACAGCUAGAAUGCCUCAAACUCAUCGCCUCACCGAGGUUCACCGAUAAAAGAAUAGGAUAUCUCGGUGCGAUGCUUCUGCUCGAUGAACGGCAAGACGUUCAUCUCCUGGUGACGAAUUCGUUGAAGAACGACCUCAACUCCCCGACACAGUUCGUUGUCGGGCUCGCCCUGUGUACCUUGGCAAGCAUCUGCUCACCGGAAAUGUCUCGAGAUCUCGCUGGCGAGGUUGAACGGAUCCUGAAAACUUCAUCGAAUCCGUAUGUCAAGAAGAAGGCAGCUCUGGCCGCAUUUCGGAUAAUCAGACGGGUUCCCGAGCUGAUGGAAAUGUUCAUACCCGCGACAAGAUCUCUUCUAUCGGAGAAGAAUCACGGCAUACUGAUCACGGCGAUCGUUCUCGUGCACGAAAUGUGCGAGCGAUCGCCGGACACCCUAAGCUAUUUCCGUAAAUCCGUGCCGCAACUCGUGCGAAUCCUGAAGAACCUCAUCCUCAGCGGCUAUUCGCCUGAGCACGACGUAUGCGGAGUCUCGGAUCCUUUCCUUCAGGUGAAGAUAUUGCGGCUCUUGCGGUUGCUCGGCAGGAACGACGUUGAAUGCUCCGAGGCAAUGAACGACAUCCUCGCUCAGGUGGCUACCAAUACCGAGACCGCGAAAAACGUCGGUAACGCCAUCCUUUACGAGGCGGUACUGACGAUAAUGGACAUAAAGUCCGAGUCUGGUCUGAGAGUUCUGGGCGUCAACAUUCUUGGCCGAUUCUUGUUGAAUACCGACAAGAAUAUCAGAUACGUCGCUCUCACGACACUGUAUAGGACCGUGCAGGCCGACUACCAGGCAGUUCAGCGACAUAAGAAUACGAUUGUGGACUGCUUGAAAGACCCGGACGUGUCGAUCCGGAGGAGAGCUCUUGACCUUUGCUUCGCUCUCAUCAAUUCACAGAAUAUCGAAUUCAUGACCAGGGAAUUGCUGGUCUUCUUGGCGACGGCCGAACCAGAGUUUGCUCAAAGCUGCUCGUGCAAUUUAUUCUUAGCGGCUGAAGCUUACGCACCGACGAAGCGCUGGCACGUCGAAACGAUGAUCAAGGCGCUGACUCUGGCCGGAAACCAUGUGAAUGACGAUAUCGUCGGCUCUCUUAUACAGCUCCUGAGCGCAUGUCAGGAAAACUCUCUGUACGCUUUUGCCGUGCGGAGACUCUGGUGGGAGAUGUCAAGAAUCGAUCCGCCAAGUGAAGUCAGCGCCUAUCAGCCCUUGUGCCAGGUGGCAUGUUGGACUAUCGGUGAAUUCGGGGACCUUCUGCUACAGUCAGCAGAAAAUAUGGAGCUUGGCGAAGGUCUGAAAGACUUCCAACCCGUCAAGGAAUCGGAUGUCAUCGGUUUCUUCGAGCAAUGGCUACUUUUCAACACCCAGUUAAACGUUGCCACGAGAUCGUACGCGCUCCUGUCCAUGGAAAAGCUUAGCGUCCGCUUCUCCCAAGAGAGCACCAAUCGAAUCAAGUGCGCCAUCGACUCGCUGUCUUCUAGCGUGCACAUAGAACUACAACAGCGGGCGUCCGAAUUCGCCGCAUUGUUCUCUCGACACGACACGUUGAGACCUGCUCUGCUCGAGCGAAUGCCUCCCAUGGAGGUGAAAACUCUGAUAAAAGCUCAGCCACCUCAAGCACAAGAGGGACUCGUCGGGAAUCAUAAGCAGGUGGAGAUCACGACAGCUAAUCUGAACAACAACGGAGAUGGUGUUGGAGUGGACAAUCUCCUCGAUUUGUUGGUCGGAGGGGAUGACGUCAUCGAUAUGCCCCCACGGGCGACUCAAGUACCUCAAGCAGCGACGGACAACAAAAUUAUUUCAAACAGUAAUAACAAUACAGGAGAUGCUCUCUUCGAUCUUUUGGGAGACCUGGCCGGUAUCGACUCAUUAUCGACGCCAGUUCCCCCUUCAUCCGCGCCCGUAGCUUUCUUGGGGGACAGCUUGAUCAUCUCAGACGAUACGCAGAACCCUAAGAACUCCAUAUCAGCAUUGGUGAACUCGGCAACACCGAAAUCUUCCACGGCUCCCAUGCAAACGAUUCCCGCAAUGGACGUCGAUGGGCUCCAUAUUACGAUGGAUUACCCUCAGAAAGUUCCUGUCGGACAACAGGUCACGUUCGUCGUUCACAUGAAAAAUGUCGGAGGCGUCAGCAUAUCCGACGUUCUCUUCCAGGUGGCUGUACCGAAAAGCUUCCAGCUCGAAAUGCUCCCACCGAGUGGAAACACACUUCAACCAAAUCUAGGUCGGAUCGAGCAAAUUGUGAAAGUUUCGCCUCCAGCCAGUCAAACCAAGCUGAGAAUGCGAUUGCGUUUGAGCUAUACCAAAGGUGAAGAAAAAACCGUACAACAGGGAGAAGUCAAUGCGUUCCCAGGUCUCUGGUAGAGCGACCUCGGAAGCUCAACGUGUACUCGAGGAUUCUCCUUGAGCGGUCUCCUUUAUCGUUAGUGCAUGAGUUUGUAUCAUUGGUGGAGCGAAUGUAAAGAGAGGAUGGAGGAAGUCUUUUCGAAUGAUACUUCCCACCGGCAAGCCCUCAUUGUGACGGUGUGGGUACAAUCGGCUGAUUUUGGGGAAUCGAUGUUUAACAUAACUUGUUGCUUCACGGAAUGGACGAAUUAUGGGGAGUCCGUCGUGGUCGAGUCUGUUUCGAACCAACUCUUAUCAGGAACUAGCAGUAAGGUCCUAGGAAUAAACACGGCAAUCAGCUCCA